AUGGUGGUCGGCAGGGUGAUAUUUCUGGUGGCAGUUGUCUGCUGUGUGCUCUCGCUCGUUCAGGCCAGACCCAACGGUAAGGACGAAGAAUGGAAGCACGGUGGCGGAAAGGAUCAUCAUUCUGAGGAACACUCGUCUCAUGGUGAGAAGGGUGAUAAAGGCUACAAACAUGACGAGGAACACGAGGAAGGCAAGAAAGGUCACCAUGAUAAGGAAGGACACAAGAAGGAGUAUCAUGACGAAGGGGGAAAUAAAAAGAAACACCACGAUGAAGGGGGCUAUCACAAGGAGAAUAAGAAGGGCGAGAAAGGUGAGAAGGGGCACAAAUUCGAGGAGAGCGGUAGCUUCAAAAAGGGACACUCGACCAAGGGACAUCACGAGAUACAUAAACUGGAUGAGUUUAAUAAAGAGAAGAAGUUCUUUGAUGAGGAUCACGACGAGGCGCAUGACGAAAAGCAUGGAGACUUCAAGGAGGAGCACGGUUAUUCGCAGGGCGGCCAUGAGAAGAAGGGACAUAAGAAGGGCGGGCAUCAUCACGAUCACUACGGCAAAAAGGGACACAAAAAGAAGGGAUCGCAUCAUAAUGACCACGUAGGCCACAAGGAUGAACAUGGUCAUGACGAACACUGGAAUCACAAGGAGGACUUCGGCAAAAAGGGAGGCAACGAACAUCACAAGAAGUGGGGCCAUAAGAAGGGCCAUCAUUAAAGAUUGCUCGAUCGAAUGAUUGCUUGUAUGUUCA